CAGACAUGGACGACUGGAUGAAAGCAACAGGAAUGUAUUAAUCUCUAAUCACUUUGGGGAAAGAAUCAAUUUUCUAUCACGACUUCGAGGCGCUAGCGAUGACGCACAUGCGCAGUCUGAUCAUUCAACCCUCACCGGAGACAAUGAGCCACAGUAAAACAUUAAGAUAAACAACAACCCUGGAGGUUUUCGGGGUGAACGUAGCAGGAACGUUAAAAGGCGAAGCUCCGACUGAAAAAAUAUAGUAGUUUUUGUGUUGAGGCGGGGCAGUUGACGGUACUGCGCAUGCGGAGGACGGGGUAGUCCCAGCGUGCUUUGCGGGACAACAAGGGGCGGAAGGCAAAGAGUUGCGAGCGUCUGAAGAGAAAAAAAUUAAUAUCGAUAAUAGAACGGGAUAAUAUUACUUCAUAUAUAAGCAUAUUUCGAAGUUUAUUUUUAUUUUUAAAGUUACACUGUUGUUUGCGUGGGCAGGCGCAGUGUAGGGAAUUGCCUGAGUUUGAUGCGCGGAUCCGCUCAUCCCGAGCUGUCGAUGGUGCAGAAAGAGAAGGUGGCCGUAGGGCCGGAGGAGGGCGACACCGAUUCUGUACCCCCCACCGACUCCAGCCCAGCUCCCGCAUCGGCACCCGGGCCUCCAGACUCCGAGACCAGCCACUCCAGCCCGGCUGGCGAUGCAGUGGCCGCCUCUACCGAGCCGGCUCCCCAAGAGCCGGUCACGGCCAAUGGCGGGCUUGAUAACCGCCCUCUGCCCCAACGGCCUGAUCCUGUCGGUGGUGAGAAGAAGAAAUUCCUCUGCGGCGUCGUGGAAGGAUUUUAUGGCCGUCCUUGGAGCAUGGAACAGAGGAAGGAACUGUUCCGAAGAAUGCGCAAGUGGGGCUUGAACACCUAUCUGUAUGCACCAAAGGAUGAUUACAAGCACAGGAUGUUCUGGCGGGAAAUGUACUCUGUUGAAGAAGCAGAACAAUUGAUGCAGUUAAUAUCUGCUGCAAAAGAACAUGAUAUUGAGUUUGUCUAUGCCAUAUCACCUGGUCUUGAUAUCACAUUCUCAAAUCAGAAAGAAGUUGCUACCCUGAAGCGUAAAUUGGAUCAGGUGUCACAGUUUGGAUGCAAGUCUUACGCACUGCUCUUUGAUGACAUUGACCACAAUAUGUGCCCAGCAGACAAAGAGGUGUUCAGCUCAUUUGCACAUGCACAGCUGUCUGUUACUAAUGAGAUCUAUCAGUACUUGGGGGAGCCAGAGCAUUUUUUGUUCUGUCCUACAGAGUACUGUGGAACCUUUUGCUACCCUAACGUUGCACACUCUCCAUACCUUCGGACAGUUGGAGAUAAACUACUUCCUGGCAUCGAUGUAUUGUGGACUGGUCCAAAGGUGGUCUCCAAAGACAUCUCUGUGGAAUCCAUUGAAGAAGUCACCAAAAUACUGAAGAGGUCCCCUCUUAUCUGGGACAAUCUGCAUGCUAAUGAUUAUGAUCAGAAGCGCCUCUUCCUUGGACCUUACAAAGGGCGGUCAACUGAAUUAAUUCCGCGGCUGAAAGGAGUACUGACGAACCCUAACUGUGAAUUUGAAGGGAAUUUUGUUGCCAUUCACACACUGGCUACAUGGUACAAAUCCAACAUGAAUGGUGUGAGAAAAGAUGUUGUAAUGACUGACACAGAAGAGAGUACGGUGUCCAUCCAGAUCAAACUUGAAAAUGAAGGUAGUGAUGAGGAGAUAGAAAUGGAUGUCUUGUACAGUCCUCAGAUGGCUUUGAAGAUGGCUAUAUCAGAAUGGCUGCAGGAAUUUGGAGUGCCACAUCAGUACAACUGUCGAACAGUCCCUCACAGUGGUGCAAAGACAAAUGCAAUUGACGUAGGGACUCUUGACACACCCUGCCUGAAUUCCUCCACAACAGUGACGACAGUCUACCAACAGCCUAUCAUGAGUCAGGGAAGCCCACUGAGUGGUGAGCAAGCUCCGGUAGUGAAGGAAGAAGAGGAGAAAAAACAGCAGUCUGAUGAAGAACCAAUGGAGAUGGUAGUUGAAAAGCCUGAUGAGCAAGAAGCCAAAAAUGUUAAUCAAAUCCUUACAGAUAUUGUCAAGGCCAAAAUGUCCGAGGAUCUCAAGCCCAUGGAUAUGGACAAAGAUAGUAUUGCUGAAUCUAAGUCUCCUGAGAUCUCCAUGCAGGAAGACUCUGGCAGUGAUAUUGCACCCAUGCAAACAGAUGAGCAGAUGAACAAGGAGCAGUAUGUCCCAGGUCCCAAUGAGAAGCCACUGUACACUGCUGAAGCUGUGACUCUGGAAGAUCUAAAUCUCUUGGCUGAAAUGUUCUAUCUGCCUUAUGAACAUGGACCCAAAGCUGUUCAGAUGCUAAGGGAAUUUCAGUGGCUUCGGGCUAACAGUAGUGUUGUUAGUGUGAACUGUAAAGGGAAAGAUGCUGAAAAGAUUGAGAAGUGGCAUUUCAGAGCUACGAAAUUUGAAGAAAUGUGCUGUGGUGUAAUGCAGAUGUUUACUCGUCUUGCCAACUGUGAAAACCGAUCCAUUCUGUAUGAUCUAUACCCAUAUGUCUGGGAUAUAAAGGGUGUGGUAUCUAUGGUGAAAUCGUUUGUCCAGUGGUUAGAUGGAAGAAUCCUCAGCACAAGUUACUACAGCUGUGGGAUCGACAACGCCAGAUGGUGUCGUAGUCAAUCUUCAGCACAGUUCUUGAGUGGCGACCAAGAACCCUGGGCCUUUAGAGGUGGUCUAGCAGGAGAGUUUCAGCGUUUGUUACCAAUUGAGGGGGCAAAUGACCUCUUCUACCAGCCACCACCAGCCAUGCCUACCUCAAAAGUGUACACAAUUAGGCCAUACUUUCCAAAAGAUGAGGCUUCUGUGUACAAGAUCUGUAAGGAGAUGUAUGAUGAUGAAAUGGAUGGUGACUCAAUGUCUUAUCAGCCAGAUAUUGUAGGGGACAGUUUGGUGGGAGGCCUUCUGACAUUGAGCCCGGAUUAUUGCUUCGUUUUAGAGGAUGAGGGCAGUAUAUGUGGUUAUGCCCUUGGAACUGUGGAUGUGAAACCAUUUUGUAAAAAAUGCAAAGUCUCCUGGAUACCCGCUAUGCGGGAGAAAUAUGUUAAACCAGAAGCCAGUCAGAAUCUUUCCGAAGAACAGAAAAUGAUGCUGAGCUUCCAUGAAGAGCAGCAAGGUCUACCGGAAAGCUUCCUUGCCACUUUCCCCUCAUUAAUUAAAGUGGAUGUGCACUCGAAAGUGACAGAUCCGAGUGUUGCUAAGAGUAUGAUGGGUUGCUUGCUUUCAUCAUUGAAAGCUAAUGGGUCCCGAGGAGCAUUCUGUGAAGUAAAACCCUCUGAUCGACGAGGUCUGGAAUUCUACAGAAAGCUGGGCUUCUUAGAGUUGGCCAAAAUGGAAGGAUUCCCAAAAGAGAUGUUAGUUCUUGGAAGGAACUUGUAACAGAACCCUGUGCAACGUAGUGUAAUUAAAGGAUGUGUAUAAUUAAAUGUAUCUAAAUUUAGCCUUAAGCUGAA